AUGAACAAGCAAAUGGCACUAUGGCUGAUGGCAGCUACAUGUGCUUUGGCUGCUCCACAGCGAAAAAAUGGGAUCUCCUCCUCGAAUGGCGGAGCGGAAAGUAGUGCCACCAUAGUCAAACAGGACCAGCUGCUUAACCCGGAUGGAUCCUACAGCUUCGCAUACGAGACAAGCAACGGGAUCAAAGCAUCGGAAAGCAGCCCAGACGGGGCUAGCGCAACCGGAGAGUUUUCUUACACAGCCCCCGAAGGAGACAAAAUACAACUUGCUUACGUAGCUGACCAGGGGGGAUUCCAGCCGCAGGGGGCUCAUCUUCCGGUGGAACCCCCAGCUCCGGAACAUGUCCUUAAGGGGCUGGAAAUUAUUCGAGCAAACCCGCCGAAGGAUCCAGAAUUUAAUGCGGCUUUUCUGGAAGCCGUCAUUGCCAGACUAAAGGCCCUGCAGGGUUGA